AUGUUCAUUGUCCACGCCAGGCGCCGACAGGCGCUCUCGUCGUAUUUCAGUAUGCAGUCGAUCCGCGCGCUCGAGCCCAGGAUCACGGACUUGGUCCAGCAGAUGAAUCGACGACUACACGAAGCCUCCUCCGCUGGAAAUGCGAUCAACACGAACCACCUCUUCUCGGCGUUCGCCAUGGACGUCAUCGCCGAGUAUUCGCUGAGCAAGGCCGGGACCACGGGGUCGCUGUCCAGGCCAGAUUUGGGACAGUGGUGGUACGACCUGACCAGGCAGCAAGUCCCGAUGAAUGCCUUCUUCCGCCAUUUUCCGCUCGUGAUCAGGACCAUGAUGAUGCUUUCUGACUGGCUGGCCAUGGAUGCUAAUCCUGGCAUUGAGAACUUUAUCUGGUGGCGGAACAAACUGAUGUCGCAAGUGAAAACAGUCCUCGAGCGCGAUGAUGGCGUUUCCAAUGAAAAGGAAAGAACCCUUACCCAUGAACUUGCCAACAGCGACCUACCGCCCGCCGAAAAACCCCCUUCCCGGCUCGUAGCGGAAGCAAAUCUGCUGCUGGGAGCUGGCGCCGAGACGACGGCUUCCACGAUCGCGAGAACGUGUUACCACACCCUCGCCAACCCAGCUGUGCUCAAACAGCUGCAGAAAGAGCUGGUUGUUGCAUUGCCAGUUACCGAUGCCAUUCCAUCGCUGCCGGAGCUGUCGCAGCUACCAUAUCUUAAUACGGUGAUUGAGGAAUGCCUGAGUAUUUCCUUGCCCAUCUUGGCUAGGUCUCCGCGACUAUUCCAAAAUCACACGCUUCAGUACAAAGAAUGGGCGAUGCCUCCUGGGUUAGGUCUCAUCGUCUUCGAAGUUCACUUUUUCCCGAUAUCUUCCUCCAUAGUCCCUGUCCUCGUACAACAGACAGACCGACUGGCUUACGUAUCUUACUCCGUAUUCUUUGCCCUCACGACCCCCAAUAUCUUCCCCGAACCGGAAUCCUUCAAAACCUCACGUUGGCUUGCCAGCGAAGGCUCGGCUCGGUCCUAG